UAUAAGACCAGCAGCCUAAGUGAAACAGUCAGGUACACCUCGGAUACCUCACCUCAGACAGCCCUGCACCUCUCAUCAGGAGUCUACGACAACGUCUGAGCCAAGAUGGGGCGGAAGGAGAUCAUCUGCAGCUGGAAGAAAAGCACCAGUAAUAUCAAGGAAGUGUUUGACUUCAUAGGAAAAAUGGGAUCGGGGUCAUUUUCAGAGGUUUUUAUGGUGCGAGAGAAGAAAACGGGACAACUCUACGCUAUGAAAUGUCUAAGGAAGAAACACCUUGCUCAUAGCAACCUUGAAAAUGAAGUCAAUGUACUAAGAAGGAUACAGCAUGAGAACGUAGUGGGACUGGAGGAUUUCUAUGAGAGUGGGACACACUAUUACCUGGUCAUGCAGCUGGUCUCAGGCGGGGAGCUGUUUGAUCGCAUAGUAGACAAGGGGGUUUACACCGAGAAGGACGCCAGCACGGUGAUUCAACAGGUGCUGCAGGCUGUCAGUUACCUGCACGAAAACAGCAUUGUACACAGGGACCUUAAACCUGAGAACCUGCUGUACUAUAAUACAGAUGAGAAUGCUAAAAUCAUGGUCAGUGACUUUUGGAUUUUAAAGCUCCAAAGAAAGGUGCCCAGCUCGCAUCAGACAGCGCAACCACGGCAAGUGGCUCCUUUUGAUGUUAAGGAGCAGCAGAUAUCGCCUGAGGUGUUGGCCCAGAAACCCUACAGCAAAGCAGUGGACUGCUGGUCCAUUGGAGUCAUCACUUACAUCCUGCUGUGUGGCUACCCUCCAUUCUUUGAAAAGAACGAGACCCGUCUGUUUAGAAAGAUCAUGAGAGGGGAGUAUGCCUUCCAUUCGCCUUUCUGGGACGACAUCUCUGAGUCUGCCAAAGACUUCAUCAGGAAUAUGAUGGAGAAAAACCCCACAAAACGCUUCCUCACCGAGCAAGCUCUCAGGCACCCAUGGAUUGCUGGAAACGCAGCUAAAGACCUGGACAUUUAUCAGUCUGUCUCUGAACAGAUGGAGAGGAACUUUGCCAAAUCCAAGUGGAAGCAAGCCUUCAACGCAGCUUCAGUAGUCCACCACAUGAAGAAACUGCAGUUAUCCCUCAGUGAACCCUCAAACCUCUGCAUACCCAAUACCAUGGUACAGUCCACCUCCCAGUGUGACCACGAGGUGCUGGGACCCUGCCAAGAUGAGGCUGAUGCCUUCGACCCAAACGGGAAUCCCGUUCUUGGGGCCAGUCAUGUAUCCCGUAGUAAUCCUGAGUCGGACCGAGGUCUCUGUCCACCACUGAGAGCCAGUAAACAUGAGCCGGGCAACACUCAAUCAACAGAAUCAACAGAGGUCGCUCACUUUAUUUCACAGAUCGAUGCUCCGUUCAGGCCGUCAAAGAGCCUGGACGCUGUGUCUCAGAGGAAGGACAAGAAAAUUCAGAGUGGAGUGUGUUCUGUCAUGUGAUUGGCUGGCUUACCUGAGAUGAAUCUCAUGCAGUUUGUCUCUGGAGUUGACGGCACUCAGCAGCAUCCCUCCAGAUGUAAAGGUGUUGACACAUCUGCUGCUCGGCUUUGUCAUGUCUGCUGUCGGAACACAUGUUCCAUUAACGGACGCACACAUUAUCUGCACUAUAAAAAACACUUUAUCUGUUCAUAUGUAAAUAACACUUUAGAAAAGUCACAUUUAAACAGACACAAGCAGGAAUUCAACAUUCACAAUUCAUCUAAUUUGCUGACAUUUAUUCUCUAUAAACUGUUAUUAUGUAUUGCAUAUUACUGUCAACAUGUUACUAAAUUCCAUUAAAAUUUAUUUGUUUUGAAUAGAUUUUGGUCACAUACAGUACGCAAUGUGAAAGCUAAUGCUGAUUUGGGGUCUGAUAGU